GAGAGGCGCAGGAGAAAUGUGACAGAGGACGACAGCGCCUCCUGAAAGCUGCACUUUUCCCAGCCUGUCGGACUCUAUUAUUAUUGGAGCGGGAGCCGCAGAGAGCUGGCCGCAGGUUGAAGCUCACCUGGCUCAGACUUCUCUGAUGCUGUAGGUCCUGAGGAGCUCAGCAGACCAGGCUGAUGUCGCUUCCGGAGGACGCCGCUUCCCUCAGCCAGUCAGACGGCCGCAGGGGCGACCAGGUCCCUCUGAUUCUGGAGAGCUGCUUCUCCACUGAGCUCCACAUAUCUGAGCCCGGCGAUGAGUGCUGCCAGCCGCCCCGCUCCCUGACUCCCCGGAGCCGGACGCCCACGCCCCAGGACGAUGAAGUGGACAGGAUUGUAGUCCCUCAGCAGGUGGUGCUGAGCACGCAGAGUCCUGCGGCGCUGAAGGUCGGCACUCACCAGCUCAUCCCGAAGAAUUUAGCGAUGUCCAGCCGGCCCAAAAACCGCCACCACACCACGGUGGUGACUUUCCCAUUGGGACUGGAGAACUCCAACAGUGGCGCCCGGAGCCGUCACUCCACCCAGGGGGUGGAUGUGUCCUGGGACGAUUAUGACAGCGAUGGAGAUGGCUUCGCUCUGAGGAGGAACCGCAGGAACAAGUCGUACAGGGCGGCUGUGACCAGCCUGGAUAUUGAAGCCAUGGCGGCAAAGCGAGGAGCUGGAACCAAGCUGCAGGCUGUACAGGAGGACCGAGCACCCAGUCCCGGUCCGGCUCGCAGUCCUGGACGCAAGCGGACUCUUGGGAGAAAGAGGAACCAGAAACAGCGUGGGUCAUUCAAAGAUGCUACGCCGCGCCUCUACCAGGAGAUCCGCGAACGGGGCCUGCACUCCACCAACCAAGACGAGCUGCUUGACGACUUUGUGGUGGUGGAGCAUCCCGUGGAGGCGGUGGAGGAGGACCAGGGCAUCGUGGUGAAGAGCUACCGGCGAGUGCAGCUCACUUGGAGCCAGCUGCCGCAGGUGAAGGACACGGGUAUCCUGGCGACGAUCACACCUCAAGAGAGGAAGAGACAAGAGGCCAUUUUCGAGAUCAUCACCUCCGAGCACUCGUAUCUGCACAGCCUGGGCAUCCUGGUGCGCCACUUCAAGAACAGCGAAGCCCUGAAGAAGACGAUGACAACCACAGAGCACCACCACCUCUUCUCCAACAUCUCCGUCAUCCACCAAGUGAGCAAAAGGUUUUUUGAGGACCUGGAGCGGCGUCACUACGAAAACCCGGUGAUCCGGGACAUAAGCGACAUUGUCCAGAAUCACGCCGCGCACCACUUUGAUCCCUACAUCGUGUACUGCUCCAACGAGACCUUCCAGCAGAGGACGCUGCAGAAGCUGCUGGCCACGAACACGGCGUUCAAGGAGACCCUGAAGCAGAUCGAAGGCAGCAGCGAGUGCGGAGGCCUCCCCAUGAUCUCCUUCCUCAUCCUUCCCAUGCAGCGAGUGACCAGACUGCCCCUGCUGCUGGAUACGAUUUGCCAGAAAACUCCGGAUACGAUAGCAGAGUAUUUCGCUGCUGUUUGGUCCCUGAAUGCCAUCAGCAAGCUGGUCAGCAGCUGCAAUGAUGGAGCCAGGAGGAUGGAGAGGACGGAGCAGAUGUACACCAUCCACAAACAGAUGGAUUUUGGUAAAAUCAAGCCGUUCCCACUGAUCUCGUCGUCACGGUGGCUGAAGAAGCGUGGCGAGCUCGCCAUCUGCGCAGAGGAGCUCAGCAUAUGGAAAGCUUUCAGCAACAGGAGCUACUAUCUGUUCCUCUUCAGUGAUGUACUGAUUGUCACCAAGAAGAAGAGUGAGGAGAGCUUUGUGGUGUCGGACUACGCCACUCUGGAGAACAUCGAGUUGGAGGUUUUUGAGGAGCAAGAGGGGAGGACCUCUCCGGGGAAAAGCACCAGCUACCUCUCCUUCAGGCUUCUGAUGAGCAAGAACAGCGAGGGGAGAUCGGAGCAGAUCUCUCUGGUGGCAGAAUCCAGGCUGGACCGGGCUCGCUGGAUCGUCGCGCUCACUGGGCACAAGCAGGCUGGUGUCAGCACUGAAGGUCUGCCCCAGUAUGAAGCCACCAAAGCCUACAUGCCAAAGGAGCCAGAUGAGUUGGGUCUGAAGCAGGCCGAGCUCGUCAUCGUGCAGCAGAAGGAAGAAGCCUGGUGCUACGGGGAGAGGAUGCGAGAUGGAGAACGAGGCUGGUUUCCUGCCAGCUGUGCCACAGAGAUCACCAACCCGACUGCCAUGGAGAGCAACGUGCAGCGAAUGAAGCGUCUGCGCAAAGAAACCAACGUCUGAGUGACUCGGCAGUGUACUGCGGGGACAAAAUAAGACACCUGGACAGACUGGAGAUACUGCAGGGUCCAUUACCCGCUUUGUGAAAAUCAUUUACUGACUUAGGAAAAACCACCAUCUGUCUUUGUGGCAUAAGAUGAGUUGUGCAUUUUCAUGAGGCUCUGUCAUAUUUCACAAAAUAGUCUUGUGAGGUUAACAGCAACAGAAGUGUUGCAGUUCUCGGUAUAUUGUAAAUUGUGUGCAUCCAAGGAUUUGAGGAUCAAACAUUUGCAAUUUAUACUCUCCAUGUACAGCUGAUCUUUACUUUGUAUCAUCACUCAUCGUGGAAGUGAAGCCAAACUGCCCAAAGCAGCAUUUCAUUGUGUCGAAGUGAACUGCCAUUGUGGAAUCAACUGAUACAACACUUCAUACGUUUGCUUCUGUCAUGACAACAAAUUACAGGGUUAGUUUGGAAAAAUAAAAAAUCCACCACAUGGACACUUUUUCU